UGUCCCGGUCCUGCAAAGGCGGCGACCGCGGUGGGAGGAAGGAGGUGUGGGACUCGCUGGCCCACCGCCGCUAUACGCUGCAGCUCUGUCUCGACUCAAAAUGAACUAUAUGCCUGGCACCGCCAGCCUCAUCGAGGACAUCGACAAAAAGCACUUGGUCCUGCUUCGAGAUGGAAGGACACUCAUAGGCUUUUUGAGAAGCAUUGAUCAAUUUGCUAACUUAGUGCUACAUCAGACUGUGGAGCGUAUUCAUGUGGGCAAAAAAUACGGUGAUAUUCCUCGAGGGAUUUUUGUGGUCAGAGGAGAAAAUGUGGUCCUGCUAGGAGAAAUAGACUUAGAAAAGGAGAGUGACACACUUCUCCAGCAAGUGUCUAUUGAGGAAAUCUUAGAAGAACAGAGGGUGGAACAGCAGACCAAGCUGGAAGCCGAGAAGCUGAAAGUCCAGGCCCUGAAGGACCGAGGCCUGUCCAUCCCUCGGGCAGAUACUCUCAAUGAGUAUUAAGUCUUCUGCUCAGA